AUGAACGCGUCUAGUUUACUAGCCAGGAGAGCGGCGUGUCUAGCUUGCCGCCGCAGCUUCUUUCGAAGCAGCAACCAACAACGUCAGUUCUCGUCGACGCCGGCCCAGCUCGCCGCUGCUUUUCAGUCCUACUCGUUACCUUCUCACCCACCCCCGGCGCCGCGCAAUGCCACGGCUCCUGAUACCUCCAUCACACACAAUGUUCAGUCCCCCGCGUUGCCGAGAGUACACGAGACCCGGCCGCCGAAAGAGCCGCAGGCGCCUCUAGACCCAGCCUCGUCGCUCCCCGAGAGAGAAGCCCAGCAGUCCAAGUCAAAUACACAGCUAUCAGCGCCAUCGCCAAGGCCGCGGUCCAAGUUGCGCGCUCCCCGAAAGGCGGCAAUGAAGCUCACUCCUGCCGCCGUAGACCACCUACGCGCGCUUCUCGACCAGCCGGACCCGAAGCUCAUCAAGGUCGGUGUGCGCAACAGGGGGUGCUCUGGAUUGGCGUAUCAUCUCGAGUUCGUGGAGAAGCCUGGGGCUUUUGACGAGACGGUUGAGCAAGACGGAGUCAAGGUGUUGAUUGACAGCAAAGCACUCUUCAGCAUUAUCGGGAGCGAGAUGGACUGGAUAGAGGACAAGCUUAGCCAACGUUUUGUUUUCCGGAACCCCAACAUCAAGGAGCAGUGUGGAUGUGGCGAGUCGUUCAUGGUAUAA